AGGAUCUGGAGUUUGGCCACUAUGGAGAAAUACCAGAGAGAAAAGCGAAGGCUAUACGAACCACAUCCUAAAUUUCCUUACUGUGGAUAGAUAAGAUAUAAACAAAUGAAGCACAGAGCCAAACCAAUGAUUUGUUUUUGAAAAAAGUUCUCUGUUUUGUGCGAUGGGAAAUUGAUGUGGUCAGAAAGUAGAUCAGGUUAGACUUCUGGAUAACAUCCCGAAAGCAUUCGGGAUCUGCAUUUUGAUUAUAUAGACAUAUUUAAACGAUAGGGUGGCAUUUCAGAAAGGGGACAGCAUUUCCCAUUCAGUGUUCUGUGCUGUGAAGAGCAAACGGGAUCUUCUAAAGCGGGCCGACUGAGUAAAGCUUUUCAGAGCUUGAUUACUUCUUUUCGCUGGGUUUGAAACCCCUCUUUGCCUGAAGAGUCUUCUCGAACUUGGAAAGGAACGGUGCUCCUUUUUUAUCCAAGAAAAAAAAAAAUAUUUGGAGGCCUCUCAUUUAGCUUGUGGACCUCCCUUGAGAUCCAGUGAUGGUGAUGCUUCUGGGGCUACUCUUUCUGUUUGUGGACAUUUUGGGAUCCGGAGCUACUGAUGAAUCCUUGAGAACUGAAGUUCUUGAACUCAUGAAGGCAUCUCGGCUCAUCGAUGGACACAACGAUUUGCCCUUGAAAUUGAGAUGGUUUCAUCAGAACAAGUUAAGCACAAUUGACUUGAAGAAACUCGGCAAUACCAACACCAAUAUUGAGAAGCUCCAGGCUGGCCAUGUUGGGGUGCAGUUUUGGUCAGUGUACGUUCUCUGCGGUGCACAGAACAAAGACGCUGUGCGUUUGACCCUAGAACAAAUUGAUGUGGUCAAACGGAUGUGUGAAGACUACGAAGAACUGGAACUGCUGACAUCCUCGGAGGGCAUUGAGAACCUUAGCCCCGCUAGGAUAGGAUGCUUGAUCGGCAUUGAAGGUGGUCAUUCCAUGGACAGCAGUCUGGCCACCUUGAGGAUGUUCUACGACCUGGGUGUCCGCUACAUGACUUUGACGCAUACGUGCAACACUCCCUGGGCAGAAACUUCAACAAAAGGCAGAAAUAAUAAUUUCUAUCCUGGUGUUAAAGGCUUGACUCCUUUUGGCAUAGAAGUGGUGAAGGAGAUGAAUCGCCUGGGGAUGAUAGUAGACCUAUCUCACACCUCUUACGAGACAGCAAAAGACGUUCUUAGGGUCUCCAGAGCACCUGUCAUUUUCAGCCAUUCUUCUGCCUACUCUGUCUGCCAUCACCAAAGGAAUGUUCCAGAUGACAUUCUCUUAAAGCUUAAAGCGAACCAUGGAAUUAUAAUGGUGACAUUUCCUGUGAAGUUUUUGGCUUGUGGAAAUAAGGCAGUUAACAUUUCAACUGUUGCAGAUCACUUUGACCACAUAAAGAAAACUGCAGGUUCAUUUUCAAUAGGAAUUGGCGGUGACUAUGAUGGAGAGUUUCGAUUUCCUACGGGAUUGGAAGAUGUUUCAAAAUAUCCACACUUAAUUGAAGAACUGCUGAGGAGAGGCUGGACCAAGGAAGAACUUUGUGGAGUUCUGAGGGAGAACUUACUUCGUGUUUUCAAAGAAGUAGAAAAUGUGAAGAAGCGCUUGCGAGAGAAGGCAAGUGAAGUUGAAAUCCCAGCUGAACAGGUGGAUCAAACCUGUCGUCUAGAGCUGAGGCCUCCGGCUUCAUCAAGGAACAAUUCCUGCAGACUGAUCCGCAUGGGGUUACUCGAAAGCCUAAUCUUUGCUCUAGGAAUGUACAUCAUGCUACCCUGAUCUUGAUUCUGGCAACAGCACCAAAAACAGCUUCUUCCAAAAUUAAGAUAAGAUACAAAGAGCAACACUACUUAUCGCCACUAAGUCUGGGACCGUCAAUGCUUCCUGAUUCAAUUUGUACAAUAGGCUAAAAAAAAAUAACCCAAAGAUGCUUUCUCAAAAGGCAAAUUGGACUUUCUUGGUUGUUUUUUUUCCCCCUUGAAAAAAUUUCGCUUCUCAUCCAAGAAGCUUCUUCAGUUCAUGGAUGAGAAGAGAAAUGUUUUCAAGGAAGAAGUCCAAGGAAGUCCAGUUGCCUUUUAGAAAAAAGGGACAGCCAUGACCUGGAUGACUUUAACAGAUUAACAGAGUUGGAAGGGACCUUAUAGGUCAUCUAGUCCAACCCCCCGCCUAAGCAAGAGACUCCACACCAUUUCUGACAAAUGGCAAUCCAGUCUCUUCUUGAAAGUCUCAAGUGAUGAAGCUCCCACAACUUCUGAAGGCAACUUCUGUUCCAUUGGUUGAUUGUUCUCACUGUCAGAAAAUUCCUCCUUAUUUCCAGGUUGAAUCUCUCCUUGAUCAGUUUUCAUCCAUUAUUCCUUCGGGUGCCUUGGAAAACAGCUUGACCCUCUCCUCUCUGUGGCAGCCCCUCAAACAUUGGAAGACUGCUAUCAUGUCUCCCCUGGUCUUUCUCUUCACUAGACUAGCCAUGCCCAAUCCCUGUAAUCGUUCUUCAUAUGUUUUAAUCUCCAGUCCCCUAAUUAUCCUGGUUGAUUCUCAGAUUCUGACUGAGAAUCUCCAUAGACCAGGGGUCUGCAAACUUGGCUCUUUUAAGACUUGUGUACCAACUCCCUGAGUU